AAUCCUCGGUGCCACGUCUGUUUGGGCUGAGGUCGGGGUCGCUUGUCAAAAAAAUUCGUGGCUCGGGUGACAUAUCGUCUCUCUGAGGAGGAUAUAUUCACCAUGGGAGGAUCACACAGCGUGGAGAUCCCUGGCGGUGGCAUGGAAGGAUACCAUGUGCUGAGGGUCCAAGAGAAUUCUCCCGGCCAACUAGCAGGAUUAGAAGCUUUCUUUGAUUUCAUUGUUGCUAUUGGAAACACAAGAUUGGAUCAAGACAAUGAUACGCUGAAAGAACUCUUAAAAAGCUCAAUUGAGAAGGAGCUAAAGAUGACUGUCUAUAGCAGCAAGACCCAAACUUUACGAACAGUGUCUAUUACCCCUUCCAACCUCUGGGGUGGACAGGGGCUACUUGGUGUGUCCAUCCGAUUUUGUUCCUUUGAGGGAGCAAAUGAGAAUGUUUGGCAUAUACUUGAAGUUGAACCAAACUCUCCAGCUGAUAUUGCUGGCCUCCAGGCUUACACAGAUUAUAUCAUUGGUGCUGACUCAGUUCUGCAUGAGAGCGAGGAUCUCUUCUCACUCAUUGAAGCCCAUGAAGGUCGACCACUCAAGCUCUAUGUGUACAAUGUUGACACAGAUGCUUGUCGGGAAGUGACCGUCACACCCGAUACUCAGUGGGAGGGUCUGGAAGCUUGGGAUGUGGGAUUGGCUACGGAUAUCUUCAUCGCAUUCCUACCCAGCGUAAUGUGUCCCAAACACCACAGCCCGCUCAACCAGAGUCUGUUUCUUCAUCAUCAGAACCAUUGUUACAGGUGGCCACUGGAAGCGGUGUAGAUACAGUUGUAUCAAGUAUAAGUGAUAUGAGUUUAUCAGAAAGCACAACGACAGCAACAUCUACAAUUCCUCCACCCACUGCCUUCACAGCAGCCCCUGAAGCUAAUCCAGCGUAUGCUACAGCCACAGCAACUGCUGCUACAACUGCUGCCAUGCCAGCUGCUACUGCUGCUGUGCCCAGUAUACCACCUCCUUCACCAUUCACUCCAACUCCUAUUCCCCCCCUGCUGAGCUGCCAGCAAGUGUCACUUCUCCAGUUGUUCCAGCUCCUACACCUUAUUCUCAGGCCCCUAUUGCCACUACAUCAUAUGCUCCAGUCCAAGCACCAGUUGAAACUCCCAUCCCAAAUCCAGCAUCUAUCGCAUCUCCUCUCCAAACGCCCAUGCAGCCACCAAUGCAAGUCUCCACUGAGAUACCAAUGCAACCGAUGAACUUUCAGCCUUCACCCAUGCCACAGCCAAGCCCCUUGAUGAUGGGUGGUGCCCCAACUGUCCCAGUCAUGGCUCCUCCAGUCAUAGGAGGGUCUGAAGGUGCACCACCUAGUGUGGGCAUUACCUCUCCAUGUCUCUGCCUCAACCACCACCACCUGCUCUGAAUCAGUACUUCUCAUCACCACCUAUGGUCACCCACCAGUUCCUCCCACUUUUGCAGCACCAUCAAUGCCAUCAAUCCCAGGAAUGCCAGUGACUACCCCAAUUAAUCUCCCUGGGAUGCCCCCAAUCACAGUAAGUGCCACGUUGCCACCAGAGUCAUUCCAAGGAAUCCUAGCAACCCACCUGCCACUUCUCAGCCACAACCAGUUCAGUAGAUUGUUAACCAACCCACUUUCUAGAAUGUAAGCAGUUAUUAAAGUGAAGUGUAUUGGACAUUUAACCAUUAGUAUGUACUUUAGGAAGGGAAAGCAUCAUUGUAAUAAUUUACAAAGGGAGACAUGGAAAAUAUGUAUCCAUAACACUACUGUCUCUGAAUCUAAAGCUAUAUAAAUAUCUGUAGUUGUAUGCUCCAAGUUUAAAAUUGUUUACAGUGACUGUUACAUAUGUAAAAUCUUCAGAUCAGAAAUUCUUUUACACUGGAAAGUUUGUAUCAGUCUUUAUUUCUUAAAGUGAAUAAAUGUUGGUGGAUUUGAAUAGGCUAAGAUCAAGUAAAACAAGAUCUCUUUGGGAAUUUCCUUGCCAAAAUGAAAUGAUAAGUUUCAUUAUAUAAAAUAUUCCAUAUUUUAUAUUCAUGAUAUUUGGAGAACCAAUAGUUAUUUAUGUAUCCUUUUUUUCUUACUUUAGAACUUUUUACAUUGUGGUGUUAUGUUUUGAAAAUUUAUAACUGUUAGUAAUCCAUUAAGUCUUCAGGCUUUUUUUUUCAUCAUUAUAAUUGUUUUGUCUGUAUGUUUAUGAGCAGUGACUGUUCAACACUAGGAUGUUACCAUUAAACUGAAGCUUAUAGACUUUCAUGUAUUACAAAACUUUGCAUAGUGUGGAAAAUUUAAGUUUGAUAUGCAAUUAAAUUUGAUGUGUUCUUUGGAAUUCAGCUUGAUGAAAAGGGACACUGUUUUAAAACAGGUUGUUUUGGUGCACAUUCUUUCAACAAAGAUGCUCUAUGUGAUGUUCAGGCACUAUGUGAGCAUUUAAAAUUUUAGAGACAGUAAUUGAUAAACUAUGUAAAAACAGUGCUACCUAGCUUUGAGCUUAUUUUGAACAAAGAAAAACAUUUUGCUCCUAGCCUGUAUGGGUAAGAUUUUUGUUAAACCUUUCAAAAUUGAUUAUUCAUUUUAUAAUCAUUAACAUCUCAAAUAUUCUGAAUGUGAUAUCCUUCAAUACUAAUGCAAGUAAUAAUGAGAUUAUGUGCAUGUUAGCUUUUUGGUGUAUGGCUCAAAAUUCUGUUACUUUCUUUUGUAAAUACUUGUAUAAAUGAACAUAUGAUUAUUGAGGUACUUGAACUUUAAUUUUGACUUUAAAUUUGUGUGUGGUUCAGUAAACAUGCCUUACCAAUCCCUAUUUUUCUUAUUAAUUCUGCAACAUACCCAAAGAGUAAUUGAGGAAAUUUACGAUGGUUACUUUUCAAAGAUGUCCUUGACUCUGUGAGAAUUAAUUGAUCUUCAUUAUAUGAAUAUAUUAUGUAAGUAUUAUAAUUUUUUUCCAUUUACAGUAAAUGGAAUUGGAAUGAAACCCAGGUUGUAGAAAAAAUCUCUUAAGAACCAAAACAGAGUUACUUUAAGGCUCCACUUAACCCUUUGAGGACAAGAAAUAGUGUACAAUUUUAUUCCUUUUGAUCUGAUGGAGAGCAAAUUUUGUUUAGCAUUUAUGUAGCUUUAUAAAUAUUUACAUUUAUUACAACUAACUGGUUGUAGAGGUAGGGUAAAAUACUAAUAUAAAUGAUUAUCUCAGACUUUGCAAUUUAUGUGAAUGAUCUAACUAUAUGAGAAAUUCAGUUUCAUUCAUAUAGAAGUCAGAGAGAGAGAGAA